AAAUACAGUUCAGAAAUAAGUGGAAUCAAACAAUUUGCUUCUUGCAGUCGAAGAAUUAGCACCAUGUUCAAGCUUUUCAUUCUUGCCUGCCUUAUGGCAGUGACCUACGCCGGAGUCGUAAUUCCAGCCGCUAAAGUUGUUGCAGCUCCCGCCGUUGUUUGGGACAAGGGUGGAUGGAGCAACGGAUAUGGAUGGGGCAAUGGUGGCGGAUGGGGAAAUGGAGGAUGGGGUAACAACGGUGGAUGGGCAGGCAAUGGAGCUUGGGGAAAGGGAGGAUGGGGAAAUGCCGGAUGGGCCGGUAAUGACGGUUUGGGAAAUGCUGGAUGGGCCGGCAAUGGUGCUUGGGGAAAGGGAGGAGGAUGGGGAAACGCUGGAUGGGCCGGUAACGGUGCCUGGGCUGGUAAUGGAGCUUGGGGUAAUGGAGCCUGGGGCAAUGGUGCCUGGGGAAAAGGAUGGUAAAUUUCCCUCUGUGAGAUAUUUUAAUUCGGUAUAAGAUUUUUGUAAAAAGUGUCAGUAAUUCGUCGAUUUGAUAUUCUCUGUACAAAGUUUUUGUAAAAUAAAUUAUUAGAAAA